AUGAGUCUCAACACGAAGAAGUUCGAGGAAUACUUCAUUGUCCGCCAUAACACAAUCUUUGAAAGAGCUAAAUUCAACGGGAGAGUGCAAGGUUUGGAUGAACCAAUUGAUUCCUUCAUUACUGCUCUACACACACUCGCCGAGCAUUGUGAAUACGGCACUCUAAAGGAAGAGCUAAUUAGGGACAGAAUCGUUGUUGGCAUCCGAGACAAGCAUCUCUCUGAGCGUAUGCAAGUAAAUAAGAACUUAACCCUGAAGCUUGCAACAGACCUGGCUCGUCAGUCAGCCCAGGUAAAGAACCAGGUAAGAGAGUUGACGUCAACUACGGUAGUCGGUGCUGAAGCUUUAGCCGUACAUGCCAAAGGUCGAUAUGACAAGAAGUCUGCACGUUCGACGUCACAGUAUGGUCAGAAGGUACGAGGCGAGUCGAAGAGGUGUCCGUGGUGUGGAAACUAUGCUCAUAAUCGCUCUCUGUGCCCUGCCAAAAAUGUGAACUGCCGGCGAUGCCAACUAAAAGGGCAUUUUGAGAAGGUAUGUCGGAAGGCCAAGACAGUAAAUGAAGUAACUACACAGUCUCGUUCAUACGCUUCGUCAGAUGUCUUCCUAGGAGAAGUAAAAGUGGGCAACCAGUCAGGUCGCAGCCCACAGUGGACAUUUCCUAUCACGGUCUGUGAUAAGGAGGUGAAGUUUCGGGUGGACACAGGGGCCGAUGUGUCUGUAAUGUCGCGACAAGUGUUCGACCGUGAGUUUCCGGGGACCAGGCUGGAGUCAUCCUCUAGAGUAAUCCGUGGGGCUGAUCAUAAGCCUAUCCAUACCUAUGGUUGUUUCCGUGCUGAGAUGAAGUUCAAAGAAAAGUCGUGUGUAGAGGAAGUCUACAUCUUCGAGAAAGCCUCGAAUCUGUUGAGCGGCAAAGCUUCCCAUGAACUUGGAAUCGUCUCUGUUGUUGGCUCAGUCGAAAAGAAGUUUCCAAGUUUGUUUACCGGACUCGGGAAGCUGGAGACUCCAUACGAGAUAAAGCUGCGAGAAGACGUACGUCCGUACGCUAUCAGUGCGCCACGAAGGAUUCCGCUCCCUCUUCUUCCCAGGGUGAAAGAAGAGCUCAGCCGACUGCAGGCGAUAGGAGUUAUUUCGUCGGUGGAAGAGCCGACGGACUGGUGUGCUCCUAUAGUUGUUGUGCCGAAGCCAUCAGGAGACGUUCGCCUGUGUGUGGAUCUGACUAAGCUCAACGUGGCAGUCCAGCGUGAAAGACAUAUGUUACCGCCAGUCGAUUAUGUACUCGGGCAGCUGGCCAAUGCGAAAGUAUUCUCUAAGGUAGAUGCUAAAGCAGGGUUUCAUCAGAUUCCUUUAUCAGAGAAGUCAAGGAAGCUGACGACGUUCAUCACUCCAUUUGGUCGUUUCUGUUUCAACCGUCUUCCCUUCGGGAUCUCCAGCGCUCCGGAACACUUCUCGAAGCGAAUAGCGCAGAUUCUAGAUGGUACUCCGGGGGCAGUUUCACUAAUGGAUGACGUCAUAGUUUUUGGUCGUAACCAAGCAGAACAUGAUGCGAACUUGACUAGGGCUCUUACUCGCCUAGAGAACGCCGGAAUCACUUUGAACCGAGACAAGUGUGUCUUUAGCCAGAGCUCCAUCAAGUGUUUGGGUCAAAUCGUGUCUGCAGAUGGCAUCACAGCUGAUCCUGGAAAGGUUGGUGCUGUCAGGGACAUGCCGGUGCCAACCAAUGUCAGCGAACUCAGGAGAUUUUUGGGCAUGGUGAAUCAGAUGGGGAAGUUCACCCUUGACUUAGCUGAGUUGACCAAGCCUAUGCGAGAUCUUCUCAGCAAGACAAACAUGUGGCAGUGGGGUAAACUGCAGGAGACAGCAUUUGAGAAGAUCAAAAGUAUAUUGUCAGAUGCUUCAUGUUUAGCAUUGUAUGAUCCUUCUCGCGAGACCAAGGUCACCAGUGAUGCCUCACUAUAUGGCCUCGGUUCCGUCAUCACACAGAGAGAUGGUAGGGAGUGGCGACCAGUGGCAUAUGCAUCACGAUCUCUGUCUCCAACCGAACAGCGGUAUGCGCAAAUUGACAAGGAGGCAUUGGCCAUCGUCUGGGCAUGUGAGAAAUUCAGGGAAUACCUCAUCGGGAUCAAGUUUCUGGUCGAGACUGACCAUAAGCCGCUUAUUUCCCUGUUGAGCUCGAAGGAUAUGGAACAAUUGCCGCCGAGGAUCCAAAGGUUCCGCAUGCGGUUGAUGCGGUAUAGCUACGACAUCGUUCAUGUGCCUGGUAAGGAGCUAUACACUGCUGAUGCGCUUUCCCGUGCGCCGGCCUAUCCGCCAACACAGAGCGAUGGUACGUUGGAACAGGAAACAGAUGCGUUUGUGCGGAUGAUUACCGAAUCAAUUCCUGCAACAGAUAAACGCUUAGAAAACAUCCGUGACCACCAACAGGAGGAUGACGUAUGUCGCGAGGUGAUCCAGUAUGUGGAGGAAGGAUGGCCUGAUAGAAACUGUCUGAAAGGGCUCGCGAAACAGUAUUGGCCCCAUAGGAUGGAGCUGACUGUCGUGGAUAAUCUCCUGUGUGGCACUAGGAUCGUCAUCCCUCGCAGUCUAAGAUCUGACAUCUUAGAGAAGCUGCACGAAGGACAUCAGGGUAUAGUGAAGUGCCGCGAACUAGCGAAGCGAGCUGUAUGGUGGCCUGGUGUAAGCAGAGAUCUGGCAGAUCUUGUGGAACGCUGCAGGGAAUGCAACCAAUCUGCCAAUAGCAGAGUUGAACCACUCAUUCCCUCAGCAAUGCCAGAUCGGCCAUGGCAAAAAGUUGCCACGGAUUUGUUUGAACUAAAGAAGAGUAAGUAUCUACUGGUGGUAGACUACUACUCGCGAUACAUCGAAGUAUCUCGGCUGGAGUCAACGUCGUCUCGGGCCGUGAUCAACCACAUGAAGUCAAUCUUCGCCCGGCACGGUAUUGCAGAGACUGUCAUCUCAGAUAACGGUCCGCAGUACGCUUCAUAG